ACUCCUGCGAGCGAGCGGCGGCGCUCAGCAUUGUGGCAGGCGGCUGGGGCCGGCUGGGGCGCCGGAGCCGCAGGCAGCCGCGGGGCUCCGAGAGGCGCGCACAAGGGCUGGGACUGCGCGGCGCCGCCGCUGCGAGCGCCACUGAGCGGUCGCGCAACUUCGGAGCCACAGCGCCGGAGCUAGGCGAGCGCUCGGAGACCCGGAGCCAGAGGGGCGCGCCGGAGCCUGGUUCGAGAGUCGGCGCCAGGCACCCACCGCGCUCCGAGUGCCAGGGGGCCCUCCGCGCAGCGUGGCUGCCGCUGCCCCCACGGAAGGCACGGGCUGGCGAGGCUGGGCGCCGGGGAGGACGGCGAGGAGGCGGCGGCGGCGGCGAAGACGGCGGCGGCGAGGCUGGGGCCAGGGAGACAGCCCCUGGGGAGAGGCGCCCGAACCGGGCCGCGGGAGCAUGUGGACCCGGAGCGGAGCUCGGGACGCGCUGCUGCUGGCACUGCUGCUCUGCUGGGACCCGAGGCUGAGCCAAGCAGGCACUGAUUCCGGCAGCGAGGUGCUCCCUGACUCCUUCCCCUCGGCGCCGGCAGAGCCGCUGCCCUACUUCCUGCAGGAGCCACAGGACACCUACAUUGUGAAGAACAAGCCUGUGGAGCUCCGCUGCCGUGCCUUCCCCGCCACGCAGAUCUACUUCAAGUGCAACGGCGAGUGGGUCAGCCAGAACGACCAUGUCACACAGGAAGGCCUGGAUGAGGCCACCGGCCUGCGGGUGCGCGAGGUGCAGAUUGAGGUGUCGCGGCAGCAGGUGGAGGAGCUCUUUGGGCUGGAGGAUUACUGGUGCCAGUGCGUGGCCUGGAGCUCUGCGGGCACCACCAAGAGUCGCCGAGCCUACGUCCGCAUCGCCUACCUGCGCAAGAACUUCGAUCAGGAGCCUCUGGGCAAGGAGGUGCCCCUGGACCAUGAGGUUCUCCUGCAGUGCCGCCCGCCGGAGGGGGUGCCCGUGGCCGAGGUGAGCGGGGACGUAGAGACCACUGAGCACAGCCCUGUGGCCAUGCCUGCGGAGGCCAGGCAGGCACGGUAUUUACCAUCAGCCAUGGUGCUGGUCUCCCAGAGCCCUACCCCUUUCACAGAUGAGAUCGAGGCUUGGCAAAGAGAAGAGAACUGCCACCUCUGCAGAACACAGCAAUGCCAGAUCCCAGCUGGGUCUGCCACAGGCAUAACCCCACAGGAUGGGGUGGCUAGGGCAGAAAUCCCCAGAACUCAGGAGCUCCUUAGGUGGACCUCCAGCUCAGUCUCCAUCUCCUGCCCCACCCGGAACCCAAGGCCUCAGCUUUCUGGAUGCCAAAGGGUCCUAUCCUGCAUGUGGAUGAGUGUGUUCUCCCCCACGAGCCGGUCACCCCUUCCUGAAACCACACAGUCUUUGGAUUGCCUGUCCUCUCUCGCCAUCCUUACCUCUGUUCCAGACAUACUCCCUGCACUGGUGGUCCAGGGAGUAGAGCUGCAUCUCAGCUUUGCCCAGUGGAGUGGACAACUGGGAGAGGCCGGGCUUCGGCAGAGGGGCCUCGUCAGGGUGAGGGAUGGGUUUGGGGGAGGGCAGAGGGUUCCAGAGCCAGGCCAACCAGGUGACAGCUGCCGCCUUGCAGUGAAUGGUGGCUGGUCCAGCUGGGCAGAGUGGUCACCCUGCUCCAACCGCUGUGGCCGAGGCUGGCAGAAGCGCACCCGGACCUGCACCAACCCCACCCCACUCAACGGAGGGGCCUUCUGCGAGGGCCAGGCCUUCCAGAAGACUGCCUGCACCACCAUCUGCCCAGUCGAUGGGGCGUGGACGGAGUGGAGCAAGUGGUCAGCCUGCAGCACUGAGUGUGCCCACUGGCGUAGCCGCGAGUGCAUGGCACCCCCACCCCAGAACGGAGGCCGUGACUGCAGCGGGACGCUGCUCGACUCUAAGAACUGCACAGAUGGCCUGUGUAUGCAAAAUAAGAAAACUCUAAGCGACCCCAACAGCCACCUGCUGGAGGCCUCAGGGGACGCGGCGCUGUACGCGGGGCUCGUGGUGGCUGUCUUCGUGGUCGUGGCAAUCCUCAUGGCGGUGGGGGUAGUGGUGUACCGCCGCAACUGCCGUGACUUCGACACAGACAUCACUGACUCAUCUGCCGCCCUGACUGGUGGUUUCCACCCUGUCAACUUCAAGACGGCCAGGCCCAACAACCCGCAGCUCCUACACCCCUCUGUGCCUCCUGACCUGACAGCCAGUGCCGGCAUCUACCGUGGACCCGUGUAUGCCCUGCAGGACUCCACCGACAAGAUCCCCAUGACCAACUCUCCUCUGCUGGACCCCUUACCCAGCCUUAAGGUCAAGGUCUACAGCUCCAGCACCACGGGCUCUGGGCCAGGCCUGGCAGACGGGGCUGACCUGCUGGGGGUCCUGCCGCCGGGCACAUACCCUAGUGAUUUCACCCGGGACACCCACCUCCUGCACCUGCGCAGCGCCAGCCUUGGUUCCCAGCAGCUCUUGGGCCUGCCCCGAGACCCGGGGAGCAGCGUCAGCGGCACCUUUGGCUGCCUGGGUGGGAGGCUCAGCAUUCCUGGCACAGGGGUCAGCCUACUGGUGCCCAAUGGAGCCAUUCCCCAGGGCAAGUUCUACGAGAUGUAUCUACUCAUCAACAAGGCAGAAAGCACCCUCCCGCUUUCAGAAGGGACCCAGACAGUAUUGAGCCCCUCGGUGACCUGCGGACCCACAGGCCUCCUGCUGUGCCGCCCCGUCAUCCUCACCGUGCCCCACUGUGCCGAAGUCAGUGCCGGUGACUGGAUCUUUCAGCUCAAGACCCAGGCCCACCAGAGCCACUGGGAGGAGGUGGUGACCCUGGAUGAGGAGACCCUGAACACACCCUGCUACUGCCAGCUGGAGCCCAGGGCCUGCCAUAUCCUGCUGGACCAGCUGGGCACCUAUGUGUUCACGGGCGAGUCCUAUUCCCGCUCAGCAGUCAAGCGGCUCCAGCUGGCCGUCUUCGCCCCCGCCCUCUGCACCUCCCUGGAGUACAGCCUCCGGGUCUACUGCCUGGAGGACACACCUGUAGCACUGAAGGAGGUGCUGGAGCUGGAGCGGACUCUGGGUGGCUACUUGGUGGAGGAACCAAAACCCCUGAUGUUCAAAGACAGUUACCACAACCUGCGCCUCUCCCUCCAUGACCUCCCCCAUGCCCAUUGGAGGAGCAAGCUGCUGGCCAAAUACCAGGAGAUCCCCUUCUAUCACAUCUGGAGCGGCAGCCAGAAGGCCCUCCACUGCACUUUCACCCUGGAGAGGCACAGCUUGGCCUCCACAGAGCUCACCUGCAAGAUCUGCGUUCGGCAAGUGGAAGGGGAGGGCCAGAUAUUCCAGCUGCACACCACUCUGGCGGAGACACCUGCUGGCUCCCUGGACACUCUCUGCUCUGCCCCUGGCAGCGCCGUCACCACCCAGCUGGGACCUUACGCCUUCAAGAUCCCGCUGUCCAUCCGCCAGAAGAUAUGCAACAGCCUCGAUGCCCCCAACUCACGGGGCAAUGACUGGCGAAUGUUGGCGCAGAAGCUUUCUAUGGACCGGUACCUGAAUUACUUUGCCACCAAAGCGAGCCCCACGGGUGUGAUCCUGGACCUCUGGGAAGCUCUGCAGCAGGACGAUGGGGACCUCAACAGCCUGGCGAGUGCCUUGGAGGAGAUGGGCAAGAGUGAGAUGCUGGUGGCUGUGGCCACUGACGGGGACUGCUGAGCCUCCUGGGACGGCAGGCUGGCAGGGACUGACAGGUGGCAGGUGCAGGGAGGCCUGCGGGAGCCUCCUGAUGAGGAUGUUUGGCCUCUGCUUCCUCCCAGUUCACAGCCAGAGUUGCCUCUCCUCCUCCUCUUCCCCAACCCCCAGACCACAACCAGCCUUAGAAAAUCCAUGUACUCUGUUGUUAGAGGGCCCAGAGUUCCUUCUCCAUCCCCGUUCUCUGUCUGUUGGCCUGAGAUCUCCGUGCGGGAACCAAGAUGGGGCUGAAGCCUCUGGAGGCGGUUGGGGCAAGCAGGAGGCCCUCCCUCCACCCCCCUACCCUCAGCCUGGCAACUUCUGAGUUCCAUGGGUUUUAGUUCCGUUCUUCAUUUUCUUCCUCCCUUAUUGAUUUAUCCUUUCUCCCUAAGCCCCCUUCUGCUUCCACGCCCUUUUCCUCUUUGAAGAGUCAAGUACAAUUCAGACAAACUGCUUUCUCCUGUCCAAAAGCAAAAAGGUAAAGGAAAGAAAGAAAGCUUCAGUCCGCUAGUAAGGCUCAAAGAAGAAGAAAAACACCAAAACCACAAGGGAAAAGAAAAACCCAGUUUCUUAGGAAACGCUAAUGAUUUAUUAUCCAGAUUAUUUGGAUAAGUCCUUUUUAAGAAAAAAAAAAAAAGAAAAUGAAAAACAACACAAAAAAAUAGAAAACUCUUUUCUUGAGUGUGGAUGAGAAUGGGCACACUCACACUUCUGGCCAGGAGUGAAUGUGCCUCUGUGUGUGUGUGUGUGUGUGUGUGUGUGUACAUGUACGCGUGUGCAUUGGGGAGAGAGAGACUGAACAGAGAGUACUUUGCUGCUAACAAAUCCAUCUUGGACUGAAUUCUGACAAGGCCUCAGUUUCCCCAGUUGUGCAGGGAGUAGAUCAGACAGGGUUUUCACUGUCUAGAUUUAGCUGGCUAGAUUUCCCUCUAAAAUCUUAAGCAGAUACUGAAUCCGUAAAGCCAAGGAGUGCUAAGGGCUGGAGUGGGUGGGCCCUCCCUCCCACAGCCCCAGGGAGAUACCUCUGGGCUCCUGGGAAUCUGGAUUAAGAAAGUUGGGAUGAAAGAGGAGGCCGGCUGUGAGCCAGGGAGAAUGUUCCAGUCUGGUUUUGGUCUGGUGGCUCCUAGAAAGGGAUGUGGCUCAGAAGUGGGACUCAAACAGAGAGACGAAGUGGGGGAGGAAAGUCCUCUACAGACAUCUCUCUCCUGGGGGCUGGAUAGCUUUACCCUAAGGUGGGGCCAGCCCUGACACCCUCAUCCCAUCCUCAGCCCAGCAGCCUCUGGAGCAGGGUGACGCUCUCUUGAUGGCCAGGAAUCCAGAAUCCGCCCUUCCCGAGCCUUGGUUUCUCCUUCUGUAAAGCAGAGUGAUGGCUGAGAGGUCCUUUCUAGCUCCAGAAGCCGGAGCUUCCCAGUGUCAGUCAACCCUGCAGUGUGGGAGGCUGGGAGGCGGGUGGCCUGGCUGUGCUUUGCAUGCCCAGGAGUGGAGGAGGAGGCUGAGAAGCUGGUUUCCCAGCUCUGAUCUCCACAGGCACCUCCUAUAACCCUCCUCUUACCCACCCCGCCAUGGUCUAGGAGAUCUGAAAUAACCUUUCCCAGUGGGUGGGAUUGCCAGGGUAGAGGGGACGGCACGCACUACCCCCACCCAACCUGUUCCAGGGGCCCUGCAUGGUGCAGGAUGAGUCUCUGCCCUGUGCAACUGCCUGGCAGUGGCUGGGACAAGGAUCUUGCAGCCAGCACAGAGGCCUCAUCAAAGGCCUCUCCCUCUUGGCACUCCAGGCAGGGCAAGUGCCAGCUUCCCCAACACUUCCGGGCAGUGACCCUAGGGCGUGCCCCAGCAGGCCUCUGAGCAGCCACUGGGACCCGUCUCAGCACAUCCUGGCCUUUGAAAGUCUGAUAUCCUGAGAGGAGGGCAGGUUUUAGGGCUGCAGUUCCAGCCAGCGUCCCCAGCUUGGCUUCUCUGCCAUGGACUCGGCAGCUCGCGGGGCUUCUUACCACCCACCAGCCCCCUGGGGUGUGGCCUGGCUGUGGGCAGAGGAGGACUUGCCUGGAGAUUUGAGAGAGGAUUCCUUCUACCAGGGCUGCUGAGGGCCAGGUCUGCAUCAGGGGCUGGACCCUGACUGGGUCUGGAGGCUGAGACUAAGGCUCUCAACCCUGGUGCCUCCAGGCACCAGGAUGCUGCCUCGGAUGAAGGAAAGUGCCAGAUGACGGGCAUUUUCCCUGCCGAAGUGCCCGUCCCAUGGGCUCAGCCUCACUGGUCACUGUUAGCCCAUGCACACGUGUGGGCCUCAGUCACGUGGCUUUGAGGGCAGUCUGACCAGGCUAGACCACACGUGCCGUGACAGGGGGUGCCAUUCCCCUUGCAGGCUCUGACAUGUCCACAUGCAGCCUGGCCGUCCAAAGACCAGGAAUCGAGUUGCAAAUCUGCCAUUAAACUGCUGUGCGACUUCCGGCAUAUCACUACCUUCUCUGGGCUUCAGUGUCCUUUUCAUACCUAGAAUGCUGCAGUCUGAGGCUCUUUGGGUUCAGACACACCGUUGUAGGCUUCCGUAGGGGACCCUGUGAUCUGCCGUGCCCCUCCUCCCUGUUCUUUUCUGUCCUCCCCGCCCCACCCUCAGAAGCUGCUUGCUCUGCCCCCAAGACAGGAGCUUGACGGAUGAGGUGCAGCCAGCCACCCAGGUGCCAUUUCCAGUCUGACUUCUGGAAAUGUGCACCAUGUCCUAGAGCACAGACCCAUUGACUGGAGCCUCCUGGGAGGGUUCAAACCGUCCAGCUCUACGAGAAAUGCCCAGAAAGAAUUUGCCGACUCCAUCCGUCUGUGGAGGCUGUCUGCCUCCAGGGUGGAAUCGGUGGUUUCUCCUCCAAUUCAGACCCGAGAGGUAGCCCCAGAGGGCAUGUACCUGGUGGGCAGCAGCUCAGGUACCGUUGGGGGUUGCAGGGCCCUUACGCAGGUGUUUCUCUCUCUCUCCUCUCUGGGGUGCGCGUGUGCGUGCGCGUGCGUGUACCUGUGCUGUUCUCUGUGAGCACAUCAGGGUGCCCCUCCGAGAACACGUGCACGUGUCCCCACCUGAGCAAGCGUGUGUGUGUGCUCCUCUGCGUCCCAGGUUUGGACGUCUGGAGGUUGGUGUGCCUGUCUUCUGCCCUCCCUGAGCCCACAGGGUCAGUCAGUGUAUCUUCUACGUGCCUCUCCCUCUGCCUUCUCUCACAGUGCCCCCGGCUCCAAAGCUCAGGGGUAGGGGUUCUCCUGAAGGUGCAGGGGACCCUCCUCAUCUCCUGGACCCUCCAGGGCACUCUGGUCCCUAUUCCCCAGCUCCCAGGCAGCUGAGCCGGGUCUCUUAGGGGAGGUGACCAGCAGCUUCGGUGCAGGGAGCUCUUGGUGGGGCAAAGGGCUGGACCCCUGCCAGGUCCGUGGACAUGGUUAUAUGCCCGGGAGGGGCGGGUGCAGGGCCCCAGGGAUGGCCCCCAACCCCACCUCUGUUUAUUCUGUAAACUACAACCUAUAAAUAACCUUUAGCAUUCCUAUUGUAACAAAAUUAAUUUUUAUGAAAUAAAUUAUAUUUCCUAGUCUAAUAAAAUCUGGGUUGCAUUU